AUGAUGAUUGGGAACUUGGCUCAUCUCACUCUUGCAUUUGGUCUUCUUGGCAAUCUUGUUUCAUUUAUGGUAUUUGUUUCUCCAAUACCAACAUUUUAUAAAGUGUACAAGAUGAAAUCAACAGAAGGGUUUCAAUCGGCUCCGUAUGUGGUUAGCUUGUUCAGUGCGAUGCUGUGGAUAUACUAUGCAUUGCUCAAGACCAACACCAUGCUUAUCAUCACCAUUAACUCUGUCGGCUGCUUCGUUCAAACCAUCUACAUUUGCUUCUAUCUGUUUUACUCCUCCAAAAAGGCUAGGAUGGAGAGCAUGAAGCUAAUCGUGUUGUUGAUAGUGGUUGGGUUCGGAUUAAUUGUUGCGCUCACUCAGUUCCUUGCAAGUGGAGUUAACCGAGCCAUGAUAGUUGGAUGGAUUUGCCUUGUGUUUUCCUUGUGUGUAUUUCUUGCACCUAUGGGAGUUUUGCGUCAAGUGGUUAAAACAAAGAGUGUGGAGUUUAUGCCACUUUUAUUAUCAGUUGCACUCACCAUCAACGCUAUCACUUGGUUCUUUUAUGGUCUUCUUAUCCAGGACAUCAAUAUUGCGAUUCCAAAUAUACUAGGAUUUUCAUUUGGUGUGGUUCAGCUGAUCCUAUACUUCAUAUACAAGAACAAGACACCGGUUUUGAAUAAAAAAAUGGUUGACGACAUUAUUGAAGACAAAAUAUGUGAAUUGGAGCCAGAAGUAGUAAAAGAACAGAAAAUAUUGAUCGAUGAUGCAAAUCUAAUCUGUUCUGAAAUUCUUCCCGUCGUUAGAAGAUCGAAUAGUAGUAGUAAAAGCGGACAUGAUCAAGAAGAUGAUUGUGUGGCAGCCGCGGCUAUGGAACCUAAAAAGCCCUGCUGUUUUGAACCAAGUCACACCAUUAUACAAGUUGCCGCUUGA